AUGGAUACACUAGACCCAAAAAAUAUGGAUAGAGAGAGGAGUCAUAGGGGUAGCAGAGUCAUAGCAGAUAAACCUUCUGAUGAAGAAGGUGAUAGGCAGAAGCUUUUAAAGAGGGAUCGGAGCUGGGAGAGAGACUGGUCUGUUGGGCAUGAGAACGGGAAACGGCGGAGGCAUGUUGAAAGGAAGGAUAGGCAUAGGAGGGACGAUAGAGCUAGAGAUGAAAAGGGGAGGAGACACAGUGAUAGAUAUGAUGAUGAUAGUCAAAGAGACAAGUUGAGAAAGGAAGACAGCAGGCAAAGGGAAGAGAAGAGUAAAGUUGCAAAGCACAAGUUGCCAGAACUCAAUCCAUCUGAUAACAAUGAUAUGGCUUUGGGAAAAACUGGUGGAGUUUAUAUUCCUCCUUUUAAGCUAGCACGCAUGACGAAGGAGGUGGAAGACAAGAGCAGUGUAGAGUAGCAGCGUCUUACAUGGGACGCACUCCGUAAAAGUAUUAAUGGACUGGUGAAUAAGGUCAAUGCAAGCAAUAUUAAGGACAUAAUCCCUGAACUGUUUGCGGAAAAUCUCAUCAGAGGAAGGGGACUUUUCUGCCGGUCAUGUAUGAAGUCUCAAAUGGCAUCUCCUGGAUUCACUGAUGUCUUUGCAGCUUUAGUCGCUGUUAUUAACGCCAAAUUCCCUCAAGUUGCUCAACUUCUAUUGAAAAGGGUCGUUUUGCAGCUAAAGAGAGCGUAUAAGCGUAAUGACAAGCCUCAAUUACUCGCAGCCGUAAAACUUAUAGCACAUCUAGUAAACCAGCAAGUCGCUGAGGAGAACAUUGCUCUUGAACUAGUCACUUUACUUCUAAAAGAUCCGACUGAUGACAGUGUCGAGGUGGCUGUUGCAUUCGUGACAGAGUGUGGUGCGAUGCUUCAGGACGUUACACCAAAAGGAUUGUUUGGGAUUUUUGAGCGGUUUCUCGGUAUACUGCACGAGGGAGAGAUAGAUAAGAGAGUUCAGUAUUUGAUUGAAGGGCUCUUUGCUAUAAGGCAAGCAAGGUUUCAUGGACAUCCGGCUGUUCGUCCUGAGCUAGAUCUUGUGGAAGAAAAAUAUUCGCAUGAUGUAUCUCUUGAUGAUGACAUAAAUCCUGAAACCUCUCUGGAUGUUUUCAAACCUGAUUCUGACUUCCUUAAGACGGAAAAAAAGUACGAGGCGCUGAAGAAGGACUUACUUGGUGAGGAGUCUGAGGAUGAAGAUGGCUCUGUUGCUAGUUCAGAGGAUAAUGAUGAGGAGGAAAAUGGGUCUGAUGAAGAACAAAUGAGAAUAAGAGACGAGACAGAGACUAAUCGUGUUAAUCUAAGGAAGACAAUAUACCUGACCAUAAUGUCCAGCGUUGAUUUUGAGGAAGCAGGUCACAAGUUACUUAAAAUUAAACUUGAACCAGAUCAAGAGAUGGAACUAUGCAUAAUGCUCCUGGAAUGUUGUUCCCAAGAGAGAACAUAUCUGCGCUACUUUGGAUUGUUGGGUCAGCGUUUCUGUAUGAUCUACAAAAUUCAUCAAGAGAAUUUUGAGAAAUGUUUUGUUCAGCAGUAUUCCAUGAUCCAUCGUCUCGAGACAAACAAGUUGCGUAAUGUGGCCAAGUUCUUCGCCCAUUUAUUGGGCACAAAUGCACUUCCUUGGCAUGUGCUUGCCUACAUACGGUUAACCGAGGAAGACACAACUUCCUCAUCUCGUAUCUUUAUUAAGAUCCUUUUUCAGGAAUUGUCAGAACACUUGGGGAUUAGGCUGAUUAAGGAGAGGCUUCAGGAUUCAACAAUGCAGGAAUCACUUGAGUCCAUAUUCCCUAAAGAUAAUCCAAAGAACACGAGGUUUGCAAUCAACUUCUUUACUUCCAUUGGUCUUGGAGGCAUCACAGAGAAUCUCAGAGAGUACCUGAAGAACAUGCCACGCCUCAUCAUACAACAACACAAGCAAGUUGAGAAAUCAGAAUCAGGGCCAUCGUCUGGAUCUGAUAUUCCUGGUUCCGAGUCUGAUUCUGAGUCAGAUUCAUCGUCUUCCUCUAGUUCGGAUGAAAGCCACAGAGAGAAGAAGAAGAGCUUGAUCACACAAUAUUUAUAG